CUGUAAGUAACAGGCGUAACGACAGCACAAGAAAAGAAACGCAAAAUCCUUGACUUUCAGGUUUCAUAGAAUCCACAACCAAUACAGUCACUAUACACAACAAGAUGGUUGUCUGGGAGCGACUGAUUCGUUUCGUGGCAGCAGAUGGCCGUAUACUACGUGGCGAACCCAUCCUGCCCCACCCAAAUUUUGACCUUGGGCAGACGACUGCGGCGACUAAGCUGACUGCUAAAGUCAUCUACGGCGACGAUAUCUACGAUACUACAGGCCAUACCAAAGUCACAGAUGAGGUAGUGACGGUAAAGCAGCUGCUUGGUCCACUGGCACAAGAAGACGUACCUAUCUUGAGAUGCGUAGGAUUAAAUUAUGCGAAGCAUAUCAAGGAAGCAGGUCGAUCUCCACCACCGUUUCCAUUCAUUUUCUUCAAACCGUCGACAUGCAUUACGGACCAUAACGCAGACGUGGCCAUCCCCAAAAUCUGUCAAGAUGAUCAGGCAGACUACGAGGGUGAACUGUGCCUUGUGAUCGGUCGCGAUGCAAAAGACGUUUCAGAAGCUGAUGCACUUUCCUACGUCGCGGCAUACACCUGUGGGAAUGAUAUAUCGUCUCGAAAGCUACAGCGCGAUCCUGCUUUCGCUGGUCGUAUCCCGCAAUGGGGAUUCAGCAAAGGAUUCGACACAUUCGCACCCCUCGGACCUUGUUUGGUCAGCUCAGCAUUGCUUCCUGAUCCUUCGAAAUUACAGCUGAAAACCAGUGUGGACAGGGAGAUACGACAAGAAGAAGGGGUUGCUGACCUUUUGUUUGGAUGUGCUUAUUUGAUAUCUUACCUGAGCACCGGAACGACUUUACAGAAAGGAAGUGUUAUCAUGACUGGCACUCCAGGGGGCGUCGGAGCUGGCAUGAAUCCGCCAAGGUAUCUUGUGCCUGGUAAUGAGAUGGAAGUGUAUAUAUCUGGAAUUGGUACACUCAAGAAUGGGGUCACGUUUGCUUGAGACUAUUUGCACUCAGCGUAACAUGAAUUGUCCCUGACAAAUGCAGGAGAAACUUAAACAUGAAAGAACUAUACCAUAUAUCCUGGAAAUGAUCUGUAAAUGCUGCCAUGUUACUGUAGAGUCAUUGAUUUACUACCUUAUCCGU